AUGAUUUGUACGGACGACUGCACCUGCAGCCUGUGCCGGGAGUUGCGUGGGUACAAGCUGAAGGUGAAACCGACCAAAGCGCACGGUGACGCGAGCGCUACCGAAGCCGGAAGUCAGCCGCAGCAGCAGCAGCACCAGCAGCAGUCCAAGUACUGCAAGAACUCGAAGCUGACGCGCAACGACAAUUUUAUUCUGCGCCGCAGAACCUCGAACGAUUACCAAAGGGCACCGGAUGGGAUGGCCGAUUACAGGGAGCAGUUGCAGCACGAGGCCCAUCAGCAACGCAAUGGUCCGCUGCAAUCCAGUCGUAUGAAAAAGGCACAGAGCUACAAUGAAAUCCCGAGUGUCGGGAACAUGGCGCCCGGUGGACGCGCCCGCUAUCAUCCCGGCGCGCUGCUCAACUCCGGCAAGAUGAUCAAAAGCACCAACAACCUGACCGAGGAGGACGACUACUACAGCUAUCUGCCACCGUCACCACCGCCACCGGUCCACCAGCUGAAGAACAAGAUCGAAAAGCAGAAGGACCACAAGGUGAUCAUCUACUUCGGCGACUCGAUCGCGCACCGGAAGACCGAUAAGGGACGGGCGCCGGCACCACCGCCACCCACCGGUACGCCCCCACCACCGAAGCACAGCGAACUUAACGUUUUCCACGCGCAGCGACUCUGCGAGGAAGCGGCCGAAAUGCAGCAACAGCGGGAAGGUGGCGCUGGCAACGGGAAGCCGAUGGUGCGCGACGCACUGGAGAAGAAACCCGACCCGGGCCAGGGUGGAAAGGCGGGCAAGGAGUUCAUGCUGCAGCUCAAGUCCGUGCUCGAGGAGAAGAGUCGGGCCGGCGUUGGGGUGACGCCUUCCGCCGCCGGCAAGAAAGAACCAUCGCCGCCGCCGGCGACUCCCGGCAGCGUUCCGACGGCAGUGAUCGCCAGAGAGGAACCGCUGCCGGCCGCGAAGGCCAAGCGGAACCACACACAGGUGGUGGAGAUCCGGCGCGUGGAUAAGACGGUCGCGGUCUCGGAUGGCGCAACGGACACCUCGCUGCCGCCGUUCGUCGAGAGCGUCAUCAACGGCGUGAUCAACAUCAAGAUCGAGGAGAGCUUCAAGGUGGCGACGGACAUUGUGCAGGCCGUGUUCGACGACUCCGGCCCGGACGGGUGCGAGUACGGGUACGACGAUGACGAUGUCGGCGAUCCGUUCGACUGGAGCUUCGUGCAGAACUGGCGAGCACGACCCUCGGGAACUACCGCGGCGAACGGGCAGGUCAACUCCCCGCCGAACACGUCCAGCAAUCAGAGCAGCAUAGGACUAGCGAACAAUCCCACCCACAACGGUUCCAGCGUUGGUGGCGGCGGCGGUGGUGGUGGUGGUAGUGGAUCGAAUUUCCCCACCAGCCCGAACGGUCUGUCACCUGGCAAUCACUACAUCGCCUCGUCGAACCCGAUCGCUUCACCGGGAGCCCGUAUCCAAAGCCCAGCGAUUGCAACGCCGGCUCCGCGAGUCUCGAAAGAGAUCGCUCUGCGACCGGCGAAUGCUUCCUCCGGUGGAGGUGAUCCGCGGAACUAUAACCUCUCACCGGUCAGUCAGCAGAUCACCGGUGGAGGUGGGGCGCAUAAUGGCGACGGCGGAAGUCUUACCGGAGUUGCCUACGACGGAGAGGGUAGAAAAUCUCACCCGCUGUCGCCAGGCGGGCACUCGAAUGGACACCAUGGGGGGCAUCCCGGUGGAGCACACCAUCUUCACCAUCAGCAACAGCAGCAUCCACAACAGCAGCAGCAGCAUCAGCAACAGCAGCAGCAUCACCAGCAGCAGCAACAUCCCUCCGGCCCACAUCGGUCGGUGGCGGGUCCAACGAAGCUGACCGUGCAGAGCUCUCCGGUGAAGGCGCAACCGGCAAUGGUUAGCUCCGGGCUGGAGAAGUCCCUCCUAAGUUCAUCGCACGAUCAGGCGCACGGUGCGAAACGGGUCGUGAAUGGGAACGUCAUCAGCAGCGUCACAACCAUCAACGAACAACACCAUCAACAGCAGCAGCAGCAGAACCAGCAACAGCAACAGCAGCAGCUUAGUACAAGCAGCAAUAGUUCGAGCAAUGCGAGCAGUGUGAGCCACUUGAAGCAGCACUUCUCGCAGAGUCACCAUGCGGUUCCGACAUCGUACCAUCACCAGUCGGGCGGAGGAACCGGGCAGCCAAUCAACGGAGGCUCCAGUCAAGGCCUCUCAGGACACGCGCCCGGUGGUGGACCGCAGAAGGGUGCCGGAUUGGGCAUCACACGAACACACCAUCACACCGGAACUCAUGACUUCCGAGGACUGCAGCGAGUGAACGAGUGCCACAGUUCGUCCGACGAGAACCGAUCGUCCGGACACGCCAGUAUGUCCGAUACGGGCCACGGCAGCAGUUCACCGAGUGCGGGUGGAGGUGUCGGGCCUGGUGGUGGUCCUGGUGGAGGUAGUAACGGCGUUGGUGCUGGCAACGGUGCGGGGGGUAAUCGAACGGGUGGUCCAUUGGGACCGCUUCCCGAGGACAGGUUAGCGGCUGGCGUUACCAACCGAAGUGCGAGAUCACGGGCCAGCUCUAACCACUCGCGCUCGCGUCAUCGGGCAACCCCGGCAAAGAUCCCGUGGGGCGGUGGUGGCCUGGAAGAUAUCAAGAUGGCGAUCCAGCAGUUGACGAUGCGUUCACAUACCUCCACCUCCACGUACAGCAGCCUGAGCGCGGGUUCGGAGAGCUCGGAACCUGUGCGCCGGUUGGGUCGCUACAGCUCCCUCGAGACGGUCAACACGAACGUGACGAGUGCCGACGAGUUCGUGUGGGUGGACUCACACAACCGGCUAGUGGAGCUGCAGCAUCCUCCCUGGAGUCAGCACUGUGUGCUACGCGUCAUCCGCACCGGUCGCUGCCGAGAGUAUGCCGAGCGCGUGUCCGUCGAAGCCGUACCUCGGUUAGGGUACUUGCUGCAGCGAGCUCUUGUACGAGUAGCACGCGAGGUACAGAGACUCUCGGGCAGUCUGGGAUUAUGCUCGAAGCACGAAGUAGCCGGUGCGUUCAAGAUCGUCCUCUCUCCGGCACUGUCCGACUCGUGCAUAAAAGCAUGCCUGCGGGCGGCGGCCAUGUUUGCCGUUCCCGGCGAUAGUGCGCUCAAGCAGAGCAAGUCGGCACGGGCUGGUCUGCAGCUUCCGGUGGGUCGGUUCCAUCGCUGGAUGGCAGACGCACGGCUUGGCCGUUUCGUGCAUGAGUAUGCCGCCGUCUAUCUGUGCGCUGGGCUCGAGAAUCUGCUGGAGGAGAUCUUCCUACAGUGCUUGCCUACCGACCCGAACGCGGUCCUAUCUGCGACCGGUCUGGAGCAUGCGAUCGCAGGUUCGGGUGAUCUGUGGGGACUGCUGCAACCUUACGCGCACCUAAAUGCGGGCCGCGUAGCUUCCGGGGCACUCACGAUGCCGCGCUGGGCUAGUCAAUCGUCGAUCAACUCGGAACGUGCCGGUUCCGGUGGGGGUCUUAAUGCCCUCGAGCCCUGCCUGUUGACCACCUGCGUCGGUAGCCUCAACGAGCUGAAGGAUCUGGUCGGACGGGCCGGGCAACGUAGCCAACAUAUUCCAAUCUCGCAGACCGCCUUCAGGGUGCUGUUCUACUUCAUGCGCUGCUCGCAGCUCGAACACAACGACGUUGGAGCCGCCACGAACGGUGCGGUCAACAAUAUCCAGGAGCUCUGCUACGAGCGCGCCUAUGUCGUCCUUCCGCCGCUGGUAGAAUGGCUUCGGGUGUCUUCCGCACACGCUGAGUAUCGGCACGCGCUGCUCAUCGAUAAGGACGAUAUCAUGCAGGCCGCUCGGCUGCUACUGCCAGGGGUCGAUUGCCCACCGCGACUGAUUGCGUCCGAAGAGGAGUUACCGUCGAAGCGGACCGGGCUCCAAAAUGGGACGCAAAGUAUCAGCUCGUCGAACCACUCCGGUCAGACGCAACCACUGCAUGGCUCGCUGACGUCUAACUCGUCCGCAUCGACCACGUCAAGCAUUGAGGACUCAAGCGAGUGUGGUCGACGGGCAACGUACGCACUGGCGUUUCGCCUAAUGCUUACGGGCCGUCCAGAGCUGCUCAUACAGGCACUUUCACUCGUGCCACCAACGACACGUUACGAUACGCUAAACCACCAGGGAAUGACGGCUCUGAUGAUUGCGGCCGUUCGCAACGACGAGACGGCCAUCCAAACGCUGCUCGAUGCGGGGGCCGACUUGAAUGUCGAGGUUCCUGCUUCCGGCCACCCGCACUGUCCGGCCAUCCACCCGGAAACGCAGCACUGGACGGCGGUGACGUUCGCGGCCUGCAAGGGCAACUAUCAGGCCCUCCGCCUCCUGCUCGAACGGGGCGCUCACGUCGAGGGAGGCGCACGGCUCAGCGAGGACAAGUGCACGCUAACCCCGCUCCAGGUAGCCAGCGGAUCUGGUAUCGUCGAGGUGGUGGCUUUGCUUCUGGCGCACGGUGCCCACGCCUUCCUGUCCACGCAGCAGAAGGAUCUGCUCUGUUUCUCUGGAACGGCCCAGCGGGGAUGUUACAGUGCAAUCUCGGUAGCGGCCGCGCACGGACAACGGGUCACACUGCGGAAGCUGUUGUCGCAUCCACUUGCACCAGGCAGCCGGGAGGUGUUGUCGCUGGAGGAAAUGCUCGCCGAGGGUGACGGCAACACACGCUCAACCCAACUCGAUCGCCAGCCGGAGGCGCCACCGACCCUCAACAAAACCCAAAUCAAAAGUCUUCAAGAGGCCAUGUAUCAUAGUGCUGAAAACAACCAUCUAGAUAUUACCAUCGAGCUGCGAGCCUUAGGAGUACCCUGGACCCUACACUGCUGGAUGCAUGCCCUGGCUGCCGCUCACGAGCUGCGCCUCGAUGCAGUUAUCGACCAGUUGCUGCAGGACUUCCUACAAGUAUGUCCCGACGACUAUAGCCAGCAGUUUGUGACCGAGUGCCUGCCGCUGCUGUUUAACAUAUUCCGCUACAGCAAGAAGGAAGGCACCACGCUGCUGCUCGCCGACAUCUUCAGCACCUGCUUCGGCUGGGAACCGAUCAAGCCCAUCAAGGAACCGGUGCUGCAGCCCUCGAACGGAUCGCGCAUCGACCCAAAGUUCGUCAACAAUCCGGAACUGAGCGAUGUCACAUUCAGAGUGGAAAAUCGUAUCUUUUACGGGCACAAAAUCGUUCUCGUCACCGCAUCUCCGCGCUUGCAGAGUAUGUUGAGCUCGAAGCUGAACGAAGGCACCGGUACGCCGACGGUGCAAAUCAACGACAUCCGGUACCAUAUAUUUGAGUUGGUAAUGCAGUUCCUGUACAGUGGAGGAUGCAGUGCGCUGGAUGUGGCCGCAGGUGAUGUGCUAGAGUUGAUGGCGGCGGCUAGCUUUUUCCAGCUGGAAGGUCUGCUGCGGUACACCGAAGCUCGCUGUGCGGAAAUGAUCGACAUCGAUAACGUGGUCGCCAUGUACAUACACGCAAAGGUCUACAACGCCCAGAAGCUGAUGGAGUACUGUCAGGGUUUCCUGCUGCAGAACAUGGUCGCCCUGCUAACGUACGAUGACUCCGUGAAGCGGUUGCUGUUCGCCAAGAAGAUCCCCAACCACGACGUCCUGACCGGGCUGCUGACGACGCUCCAGGCACGCAUAAAGGCGCGCCGUAGCAGCACACCGGCAUCGAGCGGUGCCAACGGAAACACCGGCACGUCCAAUAGUGGGACACCGAACGGGGGUGCACCGCUUGGCAAUAGCCGCCCGUCCGCCUCGAGCAACGGCAAAUGUUCCAAGUAGCCGCACUACGUAUCUGUAACAAACGAACGAGUUUGUCUCGAACACUUGGACGGAGUGUGUCAAGCAGCUCCGAAAGCACCAAUUUAUGUUGUAACAAAAAAUCAAAUAUAAAACCGUACGAUUAACUACACCUCACGGAGAAGACAACACGAAUCGUGGCAUAAUUUAUCGCACGAAAUCGGUUGCUUGUAUUGUACAGUCUUACUCUGUUAUCAUAGGAUUGAGUGUUACUAUCAAAGAAGAUAGCGUCUAAUAACAACAACUAUGCAACCGUUGGCAAAGCUGUAGCUAUAGCUAUU